GGGCGGGCGGGAGGUGCGCGAGGUGAGGGCGGCGUGGGGGGCGUGGGCUGCGGGCUCCGCCGCCCGCUCCGCCGCGCGCUCCAGCUCCGGCUUUUCCCUCCGCCAGCCUCUCCCCCUCCCCGCCACUCCUUUAACUCCCCCCUCCUGGGCUCGGGACUGGUUUCCUCCCUUAGCCCGCUGCCCUCAAUCCCGGCGAGGCUGGGGCUCCGGCUCGCGCCCCUCCCGCGCUCCCUCGUGCGGCGCCCCAUGCCGCCCCCGCCCGGCCCCCGGCCGCCCCAGUCCCCCACUUAGGCCGGCGCUGCGAUCCCGGGGCGCUGGAGCGUGGGCCGGGGGCGUAGGGCGCCUGCAGGCGGCCCCGGGAAGGGCUCUAGCGGGCUGAGCGCUCCGCGGCAGGGGCGCGGGCAGAGCAGGAAGCGGGUCCGCGUGGGAGCAGGGGGGCGGCCGCCACCGGGGUGGUCGGGGCCGGGUCGCCGGGGCAGCCGAGGCAGGCACCGCAGGGGGGUGAGCGACUUUGGGGGAGUUGGUGCCCCGCCCCCCCCAGGCCUUGGCGGGGUCAUGGGGGCCCCGCGUUCUGGGCCGGGGGGCGUGCGAGUCGGGGCCCUGCUGCUGCUCGGCGUUUUGGGGCUGGUGUCUGGGCUCAGCCUGGAGCCUGUCUACUGGAAUUCGGCGAAUAAGAGAUUCCAGGCAGAGGGGGGUUACGUGCUCUACCCUCAGAUCGGGGACCGGCUUGACCUUCUCUGCCCCCGGGCCCGGCCUCCUGGCCCCCACUCCUCUCCUAAUUACGAGUUCUACAAGUUGUACCUGGUAGGGGGUGCCCAGGGCCGGCGCUGCGAGGCCCCCCCUGCCCCAAACCUGCUUCUCACUUGUGACCGGCCGGACCUGGAUCUCCGCUUCACCAUCAAGUUCCAGGAGUACAGCCCUAACCUCUGGGGCCACGAGUUCCGCUCACACCACGAUUACUACAUCAUUGCCACGUCGGAUGGGACCCGGGAAGGCCUGGAGAGUUUGCAGGGAGGUGUAUGCCUCACUCGGGGCAUGAAGGUGCUUCUCCGAGUAGGACAGAGCCCCCGAGGAGGGGCUGCCCCCAGAAAGCCUGUGUCUGAGAUGCCCGUGGAGAGAGACCGGGGGGCAGCUCACAGCCUGGAGCCCGGGAAGGAGAACAUGCCAGGUGACCCCACCAGCAAUGCAACCUCCCGGGGUGCUGAAGGCCCCCUGCCCCCUCCCAGCAUGCCCGCGGUGGCCGGGGCCGCGGGGGGGCUGGCGCUGCUGUUGCUGGGCGUGGCAGGGGCUGGGGGCGCCAUGUGUUGGCGGAGACGGCGGGCCAAGCCUUCGGAGAGUCGCCACCCUGGUCCCGGCUCCUUCGGGAGGGGAGGGUCUCUGGGCCUGGGGGGUGGCGCUGUGAUGGGACCUCGGGAGGCCGAGCCUGGGGAGCUAGGGAUAGCUCUACGGGGUGGAGGGGCUGCAGACCCCCCGUUCUGUCCCCACUAUGAGAAGGUGAGUGGUGACUACGGGCACCCUGUGUACAUCGUGCAGGAUGGGCCCCCCCAGAGCCCUCCAAACAUCUACUACAAGGUAUGAGGGCUUCUCCUCCCCGGCUCUCCUGGAUCCAGCCCUUCUCGGGUGCUCCUCCGGUUUAAGUCACGGUUGGAGGGCCACCUCUGGCAUCUCCUCGACCCCUCUGCGCCCCCACCCCCAGCUCCUGUGCUCCUGGCUGUUGUCGCCCUCUUCUCCACUGUUAGGAUUCCUUAAGACUCCUGCCCUCGGUUGGCCACGUGAGCCCCCUCUCCGUCUCUGUGCUCCUGGGUCCGCUCUCCUUGGGGAGGGGGCAGGGACUCAGCCUCCUCUCCUGACCGCGCGACCCGGUGAUCCCUGCGCCCCCCACACGCCGAGAGCCAGGGGCGGGAACAGUCUGUCUUGUGGGCACCCCUUCCUUUCUGCCUCUCACUGUUUUUCUCUUCUUGUCUCUUCUCUCUCUUAUUCUCUCUCUGUCUCUCUCUCUUCUGCCUCUAGGUCUGUUCCUCUUCCUUAGCACCCCCCUCCCUACGCCUCCUCUCACCCUCUUGGCUUCUUUCCUCCGCCUCUCCCAUCUCCCGGGUGGGGGUAUGUAAGCAUUUGUGCCCUCGGCCCCCUCUUCUGACCUCUCUCACCGACCCUCCCCUCAGUCUGCCAAAAACGGGGGCCUUAAUGGGGAAGGCUCUGGCCCUCCACCCCAGCUCUCCGGGCGUGGGCAGCGGGGCCUCCUUCUCUGCCCUGCCCCGGGGCCCCCACGUCCGUCCUCCGGCCAUGUUGGGGUGGUUGGGUCAUGACAGCCGCCAUGAGAAGGAGUGUCCUGUUUUGUCAGUGGCCCAUAGCAAGAUGCGAGCCGGUCCGGGCACGGCGCGGAUUUGGUCUGACGCCGAGUGGGCCACUGGGGACAGGAAGUGACUUGCUCCAGACGGGCAGCGGCAGAAACUGGAAGUGCCUUCGUCUGAAAUAGGAAGUGGUCCGGCUGGAACUCCAAGUGGCUUAGUCCGGGGGGUGCUUGUUGGGAGGGGGUGGGGGGCAAGGGGGAGGCGGCUGGUUCUCACUCUGUGGGGGGGGGGCGGGGCGGGCAGGAAGAACUUCCUGUUUGAGGAGGAAGCUGGAACUCACGGACUGUGAGAAGGUAGGGUGGACUGAGAAGGAUCUUGCUUCCCCGGAUCUCCCUUCCCUGUCCUCUGCGCUGCUUUUGGGACAGCGAGAGCAAGUGCCAUCAGCUGUGGUGGGCCCAACUUGUCAUGUUCUUCUUCCCUUUCCCUAGCCCGGUAUAAUCUCUGUCCAUCAACGGGACUGUCCCAAGAACCCACGUGUUGUCCCCAGUAACCCGGAGGGCGGUCUUGUUCAGCACACCCUCCUACGUUCUAGCCCUUUCCGACUCCACGCGGCUCCCUUCUUAGUGACCAAAAUGGUGGCCUACUGACUGGUCUAGCUGACCGUGGUACCUAGCAACCGUUUCCAUAGUGACCAGCUUGUACCUCUUCCUGCCCUCGAGUGCACCAUGGGCCUCGGUUUCCCCCCCCCCCAGCUCAGUCACAUUAGACCAGAGCUGCCCUUGGGCACCAAGUCGGCCACCUUCAUCACCAGCCAAGAUGGUUACUUUGUCCACCAGAGGUCAUGUCACCUCUCUGGUGUGGCAGUUCCCAGCUCCUUCCUGAUUUUUCUGAUCCGCUCCUUCCAGAGAACAGGAAGUUGAUAUUGCCAUGGGGGAGGUGGCGGGGUAUGGCCGUCACCUCGAUAGUUUUACUGUAAAAGGGAAAUUUGAACAACAAAAACCAAAAAAAAAGAAUAAAAAAGAAUAAAAAACUUCAAAA